AUGAAUGGAGAUGAAUAAUAGUAAGCUGGAGGUGACUUUUUCAGAGGAGGAGGUGCUGGUCCUUCUAUGGAGGAUAUAUUUGGAGAUUUUUCUAGUUUUUUUAAUAUGGGAGGAGAUACAUAAAGAGUUUAAAGAGGUGAGGAUAUUCAAAUUAAUAUGGAAAUUUAAUUCAUGGAAGCUGUAAAUGGAGCAAAUAAAAAAAUUUAAUUCGAUAGAAAGACCAAAUGUACAGUUUGUAAUGGCUCAAAGUGCAAACCAGGAACUUCUCCCACAAAAUGUGGUACAUGUGGAGGUAAAGGAACUAUUAAUAUUAGAUAAGGACCUAUGAUAAUGUAAAUGAUGUGCGAUAAAUGCAUGGGAGUAGGAGAAAUUAUAAAAAAUUAAUGCACUACGUGUAGAGGUGAAGGAAUAGCUAGAACUAAAACUGAAGAAGAAGUCACUUUUCCAAAAGGAGUUAACCAUGGACAAAGUUUAAGGAUAUCUAGAAAAGGAAAUGCUGGUAAAAAUAAUGGACCUUUAGGAGAUUUAAUUAUUAAAGUAAGCGUAAGACCCGAUCCUUAUUUCGGAAGGGAUAAUUAUGAUAUUAUUACCACAUAAUAUAUUACAUUAACUGAUGCUGUUUUGGGUAAUAAAAUUAAAAUAAAAACAUUAAGCGGGGAAAAAGAAUUAGAAAUAAAACCAGGAACUUAACAUGGAGAAUAAAUAAGAAUUAAAGGAUAGGGUAUCUGUAAUUUACCUCCUAAUUAAAAUGAUUUAGGAGAUCAUAUAGUCAAUUUGAAAAUUUACAUUCCAAAAAACAUCAAUAAAUAACAAAAAGAAGCGUUUGAAAACUUAUAAAAAGUAGAAGAUAAAAUAAAUCCGGAACUUAAUUUGAAUACAAAUAAUUAAUAAUAAAAAUAAUAAUAAUAAAGAAGAUAAUAAUAAUCAUAAUAAAGAUAAUAACAAGAAGAAGACGAUAUGGGCCAUCCGUUUUUCAGAUUUAAAAAUAUGUGGGGAAAAUGA